GUAUGUUAUGUACAUUAUUCACAUUCACAUACACAUUCACAAAUUCAAAUAGAUAUUAUAUUUUACAUUCACUUUGAAAUAUAUACGAGUAAUUUAGCUCCAAUUGGAAUUGACUAUCAAACCUCGUGGUAUCGUAUAAUUCACCCAUUUGUAUGUUAGCUUUUGUAAUCAUUAUGAUCCUGUUGACCCCUAUGAAUUGCGGGUUUUAGUUUUUUGAUAUGAAUUCAAGCUUAUUUACCUAAAGGUCAUCAAUUUAUCUUAGAGUACAUCCACCAACUUGUUGCGAAGCUGUACCGAUACCUGGACCGCCCUCUCGACCGCCUCGAUUUAUUCCUUUUCCUGACUUCCAACUGCCCAAUGAGCGUUUGAUUUUUUGAAGAAGGGUAAACUUCCCCGUCCAAGACCAUGACAGCAGUUGCAGUUCAACAUGGAGCUCCCCGCCAACAAUACAAUCCACACCGAUCAAAUGCCUCUCCGAAUUUAAUUUCACCUUCUGGCCCACAACCUCAGCCUCAAAGUUAUACCUCCGCCACUGGGCCGAAUUCAAGAGAACUGCAAAACUCCACCCCCGGCACAUUAGCGACGAUGAAUUCGAGGCAUACUGUGAGCAAUGAUCCAGUCCAGCCUGUCAACGGCGCAGAUGCUAGAUAUGCAUAUGCGCAGGCGAAUUCAGGUCGCAUCCAUACCACAACGCAGAAUGGAUCAACACCAGCAAGCACGCGGCCGACUACUUCGGCUGGAGCUACGGCAGAAUCAUCACAAGACGACUCUGAGCCAGAUAGAACACGGCGCAGGCCGGCCGCGUUACUUCAAAGAUCAAGGAGUGAUUUUGGCCCGAUGGCGGAAGAUACAAAUGCAGAUAUGGAAGACGAUAUACAAGAUUGGGGAGAAAGACAUGGAUUCGGAACUAACUAUGCAUCCGAAGAGUAUGUUUCGCAACUAGCAAAUGUAAGUCGCUCUUUCCUUCAAUAGUGAUAUCUCGGUCCGACAUUAGUCUUUCACACCUUCAAAAUUUCCCUUUGUACACACUCGUCAAAUUUUUGGUACAAGCAAAUUUUAUACAAUGGAUCUUUUAUUGCAUACUUCUCUGUUCAAAGCAUGGGUGAUUAUUUUGACAUUUGGAGGUUAAGUUACUCCUCCUGUAUUGAAAGCUUCGAUUUCUUCGCAACUAGCCCAGAUGGAGAUCAGACAGGUGCAGAAUGUCUCAGUGAGACAUAUGAAUCCAUGCCUGCAGUCUCAAAAGGCUGCGUCGCACUUCGUCGAGCGCAUUACCACCGCCUGAAACAUUCAUUGAGCUGGGCACCUGGAGUUGUCUAUGUGGACAUGGGCUCAGAGAUAACUACUGACAUGAUACAAAAGAACUGGUAUAUGUACUUUACGGAUAAACGACACGAAACGACGGGCAACCCUAAGUCAUUGGGAUAUGAACUUCAGGAUUGGCGGAUGAAGGAUCGUCUAAAGACAGUUUCUGCAGCGUUGGCAAUAUGCCUAAACAUUGGAGUCGAACCACCCGAUCAAUUAAAGACUACACCCGGUGCAAAAUUGGAGGCUUGGCAGGAUCCCACACACCCUCCUGUCCAAAAAGCUUUGGAAACGAUUGGAAAAUCUUUACAAGCCCAAUACGAGACAUUGGCCAUUCGAACGAGAUACAAGCAAUAUUUGGACCCAUCGGUAGAGGAGACGAAGAAGUUCUGCAUAUCACUCCGUCGAAAUGCCAAAGAGGAGCGCGUUCUCUUCCACUACAAUGGCCAUGGAGUUCCAAAACCGACCUCAUCUGGCGAAAUUUGGGUAUUCAACAAAAACUACACUCAGUACAUUCCUGUCUCGUUGUAUGAUUUACAAACUUGGUUGCAAGCACCUACAUUCUUCGUUUGGGACUGUUCGGAUUCAGGUAACAUACUAAGUAACUUCCAUCGAUUUGUUGAGAAGCAUGAGCAGGAAGAGCUUGAGAAUUCGAAGAAAGAUCCAAACUAUAUAAUUACGAACUAUAAACCUUACAUCCACCUGGCAGCAUGUGGCGUAAAGGAAAAUUUACCCACAAAUCCUCUGCUUCCUGCUGAUGUCUUUACAUCAUGUCUGACUACACCUAUCGAAAUGGCAUUAUGGUUUUUCGUUCUUCAGAACCCACUUCCAUCUCAAAUCACACCAGAGCGAGCCAAAAAGCUUCCUGGUAGGCUACAAGAGAGACGAACUCCUUUAGGGGAGUUGAAUUGGAUAUUUACAGCAAUCACGGAUACCAUAGCUUGGACUACCCUUCCUAGGCCUUUGUUCAGAAAGUUCUUCAGACAAGAUUUGAUGGUUGCAGCUCUAUUCAGAAACUUCCUGUUAUCCCAGAGGAUUAUGUCGGCCUAUGGAUGCCACCCACAAUCAUAUCCGGAGCUUCCGGACACUCAUCAACAUCCUCUUUGGGAAAGUUGGGAUUUGGCAGUGGAAAUGGCCUUGGCACAAUUACCAUCGCUAGAGAAGAAGGAGGCGGGGCAACUUCCAGACUAUGAAUUUCAGAAUUCCAGUUUCUUCACAGAGCAGCUUACGGCAUUUGAGGUUUACCUGACCCAAGGUGCUGUAACCCACAAAGCUCCCGAUCAGCUUCCAGUAGUUCUUCAGGUACUUCUUAGCCAGCAACAUCGAGUACGGGCCUUGAUACUACUAGGAAGGUUUCUUGACAUGGGUCCCUGGGCAGUAAACCUCGCUUUGAGCAUAGGCAUCUUCCCAUAUGUUUUGAAGUUGCUGCAAUCGGCGGCAGCAGAGUUGAAGCCUGUAAUGGUGUUCAUCUGGACUCGUGUUCUGGCUGUUGACCUCACAUGUCAACAAGAUCUGUUGAAAGAUAGUGGCUACAACUACUUUUCGAGUAUACUUAAACCAAGUGAAGGGCUCCCAGUGGUAGAUAGCCUUGAGCAUAAAGCUAUGUGUGCCUUCAUCCUUGCCAUGCUUUGCAAUGGAUACAAGCAAGGGCAAAAUGUCUGCAAUCAAACAGAUAUCAUGACUUACUGUUUAACACAUUUGCAGAAUGCAGACAAUCCACUUUUGCGUCAGUGGGCGUGCCUAUGCAUUAGUCAACUCUGGAAUGAUCUUCCAGAAGCAAAAUGGCGAGGCAUCAGAGAGAAUGCGCCCGCGAAGUUGUCUAGUCUGGUUCGUGAUGUGGUUUGCGAAGUUAGAGCCGCCAUGUUAUAUGCCAUGACAACUUUCUUGGGAAUCCCUGAUCUGACAGACGAAGUUGCCCGGAACGAGGAGUCAAUAUCCUGGACUGUUAUUGAAAUGGCAAAUGAUGGGAAUGCCAUGGUCCGCAAAGAACUUCUAGUCUAUUUCUCCAAGCUUAUACAUCGAUAUGAGAGCAAGUUUUGGGUAGUUGCAUUCGAGCAACUGCAAGAAGAACGAGAGUACCGACAACACCCCCCCGUCGACGAUGGGAAUGAUCAUAAAAUGGGGCUCCAUUAUGCGAGUAUGGAAAACAGAAAUAAGGACGGUACUAUCAAAGCCACAGCUCAGGGCUUAUCACACAAUUCUAUCUUUGCCGUGGUUUGGAAACAUGUUCUUAUUAUGACAAUCGAUCCCCAUCCUGAAGUCCAGCGCAAUGCAACCAUUAUCGUGGAUUGUGUUCAUACAUCGCUCCUUCAAUCACCUGUUGGAGUAGCAGCACGAAAUCUGUUUGACGAUAUAAAUCGACUUUCAGCGAGACCAAAGGCUUCAAAACAACAUGUCUCCGAGCAGAGGCCAAGCACACCAACGAGGCAAGAUACCUUAUCAAGUACAAAUGCUAGCCAGCAAGGUUUACUCAAAAGAACAGCUAGUUACCUAUUUACUUUACCGUUUGUAGGUUCCACUGGUGAAGUCACGCCCCCAGACUCAACGGGAAGAUCGGGGUUGAAGUCACCAGGCCUUCAGCGGAAUUCUUUGCCGAUGCGAUCACGUCUCCCACCAGAUUUCAACACCUCGCCGGAACAAAACGAUAUCGCAUCGACCCCAGGCACAUAUCAUGUAGCGAAUGAGCCAACCUCAGGUGGAUUUCAACCUCGAAAGCUGUCGGAUCCGAUUUCCAUACCGUUGGAAAGCACUUUCUUAGAAUGGUCGAUUGAAUAUUUCCGCGAGCCCCAAAUGAAACAAAACGAGGCUGAAGAGCCCGGUAGUACUGAUUACAACGAACGACUCUGGCGUAGAUCAAGGAAUGAAGCAAUCUUGCGAGAAACUCAACCUCAGAAAGAAAUCGCCGGUAAUGGUAAAUGGACACAUGCUACCGGAUUCUUCAACAACUCCAGUCAGCCAACAAAGAUGACUCUCCAUCAAUUUGAAGAUCAUCUUGCUGUGUCUGACGAUCGUGAUACAAUUUGUGUUUGGGACUGGAAGAAGCAAGACCGCUUGAGUCGAUUCUCGAAUGGAAAUCCGGAGGGCUCAAGAAUUAGCGAUCUCCAAUUUAUAAAUGAAGACGAUCAGGCCUUUUUGUUGACAGGGUCUUCAGAUGGUGUCAUUCGUAUAUAUAGGAAUUAUGACUCCGACAAGAAGAUUGAGGUUGCUUCGGCUUGGAGAGCUCUGACUCACCUUGUCCCAAGUAACGUUAAUUCUGGUAUGGUAUUUGACUGGCAACAAGUGACGGGCAAGUUAUUAGUAGCUGGUGAUGUCAAGGUGAUCAGGGUAUGGGCUGCGGCAGCGGAGCUCUGUAUUGUGGAUAUUAACGCGCGAUCUGGUUCUUGUGUUACUUCAUUGACUUCGGAUCAGAUGACAGGAAAUGUUUUCGUGGCCGGUUUUGGUGAUGGGGCUAUUCGAGUAUUCGACGCUCGAAACAAGCCACAGGAAGCUAUGGUAAAGAAAUGGAAGGACGAAUCUGACAGGGUGUGGAUUAAGAAUGUACACAUGCAACGAGGUGGGCAGAGAGAGCUUCUCUCCGCUAGCCGUAAUGGCAAAGUUAAACUUUGGGACAUUCGAAUGGAUAAACCACUACGAGUAAUCCAAGCUACAAAGGAAACCUUACGUACUGCAAGCACUCAUGAGCAUCUUCCGGUAUUCGCUGUGUAAGUCUACCGCCUUUUCGUCCUCUGAAAGUUACUAAUUAAAUAUCUAGUGGCACUUCGAACCACACAGUCAAGGUCUUCAACUUCGACGGCAGGGAGCUCUCUAGAGUAGAGCCAUAUUCUAGUUUCCUACACCAAGCUCGUCAAUCCCCGAUUUCGGCCACGGCCUUCCAUCCUCAUCGGAUGAUGUUAGCUUGUGCUGCGAGGGGUGAUAAUCAUAUAAACCUAUUCUCGUGUGCGGAACGAAAGGUGCCAUCAACAGAAUAUUGACAUGAUGGGUGAGAAGGGCGAUUUGUUUAAUGAACUGAUAAGAUAGAAGGCGUCUUGAUCGAUUAUCACAUUGUUCGGCGUACUGGGAGUUGUGGCUACACAUGAAAUGCAUAACAGCGGUGCGUGAAUUCAACAGGUUAGUAAGGUUUUGAGGGUAUCAUCCCUUUUCAAGGAAAUUUUAAGGGCUUAAUAUUGGCCCAGGCGUUGUGAGGUCAUAUCAUGAAUUGGUUUGAACUUAAUUGGCAUGUAUGGUCAGCAUGAUUUGGGUUUUGGCUUGCGCUUGGUAUUUGCAUCUAUUAUCUGGCUGAAUUGACCUUGGCUAGAUUGAAGGAUUUGGGUGAAGGAAAGAAGUGAUGUUGAAGUGAAGUGGAAAGGGAAGGGAAGGGAAGAAUGAUCUACACCCCUUUUUCUCUUUUUCUUUUUUUCUUCUGGUGAUGCCUUAGGUAAUGAUUAAUAGUGGUCGGUUUGCUGUAUGUAUGUUGGUAUGUAGGUAGGAGUCUUUGGCAUGCUUAUUAUUUUUAUAUAAUUUGUUAUAGUAUAGUUUGGGAUUGUGAUGUAAU